AUUCUCGUCACCACUGAUCUGGCGAACAGAGGUCUUGAUCUGCCCACAGUCGACCUGGUCAUCAACUUUAACUGUCCAAAGUCGGCCGUCAUUUACGUUCACCGAGUCGGUCGAACCUGCCGCAAACCGGAUUUUCGUUUGGAGGAGUCACGCCAUCACAAGCGCCCUGGAGAUGAUGAGUCUGCAGAUGAGGAAGAUGACGAGGACACUUUGUCGAAGAAAAUUAGGCGCUAUCGAGAAAAGAAUCCCAACGCAUUGCGGCCUAAACCAGCCAAGCUGGAAACGGCAACUCAACAACCGAAGCAAGUCUACCUAGGAAAGGCCAUUACCAUAGUCACGCAGUAUGAUAUUGAGCUUUUCAAAUCCAUUGAAUCGUACAUUGGCAUCAAGAUGGAGGAACAGCCGGUGGACGAGAAGGGAGUGACUUCCAUCAUCAAGCAGGUGGCCAUCGCCAUCAAAGAUGCGGAAAUUCGCAUCGAAAAGGAACAAGAGGUGAAGGGCUUCUGGGCAAAAGAGAAGGCGUCACAGGGUGGAAAGCGGAAGCGACAAAAGUUGGAAUAA